CAGAGAGAAAGUUGAUGCUUUCACUCCUCUCUUUAUUCAACCAGGCGAGAUGGACGCACACACACUCCUGCUUUACCGCCGGAGCCUGGGGGAGUAGCUGCACACGCACACACACACACACACACACACUCACACACAGACACAGGGAGGAGUGGAUGAUACUGGAUGGAUACAGCGACCUGCGCGACAAGACAUGCAGUUCUACUAUGUGGGGGACCACACGUGGGCGACCAUGUUGGGUCAGAGUGUGCGGUUGCAGCCGGUGCCCAUCCAGAGCCUGUCGGAGCUGGAGCGAGCCAGGCUGCAGGAGGUGGCCUUGUACCACCUGGAGGAGAGGGACCUGGACUUCAAGAUCAGCAUCCCCAGAGAAACACGCAAGCGGAGAAAAUCGCUGCGCAGGAAGUUCGACUCGUUUUCCAAGGAGAAGAAGGAGCGAGAAACAGCUCCCAAGGCUUUCGGCAUCUCCCUGUCCCAGGUCAUCGUUAACGACCUGGCCUACAAGCAGCGGCAGGACGCCCUGAAGGAGAGCCGCCGCGACUGCCUGGACCUGGAGGCCAGCAUCCUGCGCUUCCGGGCCGAGAAGCGCCAGUUCUUCAACGGCAACAAGCCGCUCGUCGGCUCCUCGUCCAUCGGUGGCGUCGGCUCCAUGUCGCCGUCCGGCAACUCCGUAGCGCCGGCGUUCGAGCCGCAGAGCAAACCGAUGUCUCCCACGUUCCUGGACAACACGGGGCGGGGCCAGAGGAGGGGCGGCCUGUCAGUCGACUCCAUCUCCGACCUUGUAGAGAGUCAGUCUCGCCUGCUGGAGGCGCUGCAGCUCUCCCACCCGGCCGAGCUGGAGCUGAAGAAGUCGCCCGGCGGCGGCUCGUCCGGCUCCAGGACCCAGACCAAGCUCAGCCUGAACCCCAUCUACCGCCAGGUGCCGCGGGUCCUGGAGAGGUGCUGCAGCCACAUCGAGAACUACGGUCUUCAGACGGUGGGGAUUUUCCGAGUCGGCAGCUCAAAAAAGAGAGUGAGGCAGCUGCGGGAGGGCUUCGACAUGGGUGCGGACAUCCAGCUGGACGAGGAGCACAGCGUGCACGACGUGGCAGCGCUGCUCAAAGAGUUUCUGAGGGACAUGCCGGACCCUCUGCUGCCCCGAGAGCUCUACCCCGCCUUCCUGCACGCCAACCUGCUGCGGGGGGCCGAGCAGCUCCAGUACCUGCAGCACCUCCUCUACCUGCUGCCUCCCUGUAACUGUGACACCCUCCUGCGCCUCCUCACCCUGCUGCACACGGUGCAGAGCUACGCCCAGGACAGCAUCAGCACCAAUGACGAGGAGAUCCCAGGUAACAAGAUGACGGCGGCUAACCUGGCCGUGAUCUUCGGGCCCAACCUGCUGCAGGGGGAGCGAGGAGGAGGAGGAGGAGGAGGAGGAGACCUGAGUCUUCAUGCGAUGGGCAUCGAGGACAGCACGGCCAUGAUCAGCGUGACGCUGGUGCUCAUCCAGAACCACAAGAGGCUCUUCACGGUGUCGGCGGAGCUGCAGCAGGAAGUCCUGAUGAGCCUGAUCCAGACCGACCCUGACAUCAUCGACUAUUUGCUCCGCAGGAAACUCAGCGGCAGUCACCUGACGGUGGACAGCGGCGGCGAGUCGGGGGGCCGCCGGGACACAGGCGCGUCUCUGGACUCGGUGGGGGCGUCCAGCGGCAGCCUGUCCCCGCUGGAGCCCCCCUCGCCUCUCUUCCCCCCGGACGGGAACGGCAGCGAGGGCAGCCUGACCAGCGAGGUGUUCCUCAACGUCCUGAAGCUGAACCAGAGCAGGAAACGGCAGGAAACCAGAUACGGUGUAUCCGAGGUCCCUUCAGGUAAAUCCAUCCGCCACAUGCGUCAGUUCCACUCCCAUCACAACCUGCUCAGCCUGGCCCAGCCUUCCUCCUCCUCCUCGUCCUCCUCCUCCUCCUCCAGGCUGCACGCUCAGGACUCCGACCCCCAGGAGCGCCGCAGCACGCUGGGCUCCGCGCUCAGCUUCUCCCUGGGGGGCGGCAGCUGCUCCAGCCUGGGCGGCUCGGGCGAGAACAUCUGGGUGAGGCAGACGCCGCAGGAGGAGAGCAAGCCGUCGCCCGCCACCAACUUCUGGGACUUCUUCACCGGGAAAGGCUCGGGCUCGGAGACGAUGGUAUGAUGAAGCCCGAGGAGCGUGAAGACGAUGGAGAUGAAGGAUGAAGACCGGGGCGGAGCGUGCACAUGCAUGUCUGUGUCUUUUGCUGUGAUGCAUUCAAAGGCAAACGUGGGAAAUUUCCAGCUGGAAGGUCAUGAGUACAACCAUGAUGCGUUUCAGUGCAGCUUUAAGAGAAAAGAAAUUUCUCAAGACAGAAAAAAUUGAGAAAAAUAAAUUAUUUUCCCGUUGUAAAAUGCAGUUUUUCAUUCUGCAGCCAGUGGUACACCAAUGACAGCUGCUGAUAUUAAAGGAGCAGUUCAACCAAAAUCUAAAAAUAUGUUUUCCUAUUUACCUCUAGUGCAGUCGGUCCAUCCAGAGAGUCUCUGUGUGAUUUGGUGAAGUUUCCAGUCUGUCUCCCUUCACCUCAAUACAACAGGGCUCCGUGGGUUUGGUUUUGGGGACUGUUUCCUGCCAGAGAACACAAGUUUCUGUUGCUGUUGAAUUUUCCACAUGCACAUUUGUGAUGGUUUGAGUUCCAUCCAACAAAAUAAAACCCGUCCACUGUACUGGGAUGAAGGGAGACAGACUGGAAACCUCACCAAACCUCGUAGAAACCAUCUGGGUGGACGGAUUAAACUAGGGUGAAGUGGGAAAUUUUUUUUUAGUAUUUUGGAUGGACUGUACCUUUAACUAGCUAGUUACCAUGGAAAAUUUGUACUCGAAGUGCAGCUUGGAACUUUCAAAUUUCUGUUUAGUUAUUUACUGGAAACGUUUGAUAGCUUCAAGGUCACGCAAUACAAAAAAAAACUGGACAUGAGUGUUUUUUAAAAAUAAUAAAUAUUUUUUAUCCUGUGUGGCCUUUACGUCUCACCUUAGUCUCCAAAACGUCCCAGUGAACCAAAUUUUUCCUGUUUUGAAAUCCACGCCUUCGAGGGGUGUUCCUGCACAUUUUUCCAAGGUAGAACGUUGGAAUUUCCCACUCUCUCACAGUCAUUGAAUGCAGCAUGUGUGUAUGCGCGCACAGUGUGUAUCAGGAGGUCGGCCGGACCCGCAAAAGAGAUUUAGAGGUAAGAAGAUGAAGAAGAAGUCGGAGGAAAAGUUCGACAAAACGUCCCGAAAAACAUUUUUAAAAAACGACAAAGACGGUGAGGGUUUACGUUGGAAAACGGCGAAGGAUGGAGAGAACCGAGACACCCUGACACAAGCAGCUGUUCAAGAGGAAAGACUUUACGGACAGUAACAAGCGAGGGACAAACUGACCGGCUGUGAGAUUACAUGGCAGCGUAUGCAGUAACUAACGAUGUACAUACUUUAUACGCUCUGUAAUCCAGACUCCACUCAACAAACCUUGUCUUUGCUACCCAGACCUGAAUAACCACCUGAAACCUGGUCCCUCCCAUAAUCUCCACUAAUCUGUCUCCACUGGAAUUAGACACCUCAUUGUUCCUGUGAAAAAACAUUUUAACAUUUACUGACUGCAUUUCACAAGCCAUGAGUACCAUCACGUAUGUUUAUAUUUAUAUGCCAGAUGCUGUUGUGGAGAAAUUAGAAAACGCCAUGAAGUCCAAAGUAUGACGGCAUAUUAGGGCCACUGUUGGGGGGAAAAAGACAUUAUGGAGCCGGGAGAGAGGGGUAAUAAUCCGAAAAAGAACUUAGAAAUUCCCUGAUUAAAGUUGGAAAUUUACAAGAAAAAAACACCAAUAUUCCCUGACAGUAAAGUUGGAAAUGUAUGAGAAAAAAACUCACA